AUGAGUUUAGCUUCCGAACUACAAAAGAAAGUUCAUCAAUUCACCUCAAAUGAAGGAGAUUAGAUAGAAUAGAUUAAAAGGAGUAUGAUCUUCGAGUUUAUUUUAGCCCCUCUCCGUCUUCAUCGACUUCAGGCUUCCCGCCCUAAUCAUCUGGUUGCACUUACACCCUUUUCUUUCAUUGUCAUCAAAAAAUGAUGACGUCACCAUCCCUUGGUAAGACGCAUCCAGGCAUUUCCUUAGACAAACUUCUAGCCUUGGCACCUUCUACUCGGAGGUGUAGGAGGCCCGAAUCCUCCCCUGGCCUCCAUUAUCCUUCGCAUCCAGAAGUGUGGAGUUGCUGUAUAAACUUUGGUCGAUUUGUCUCUGUGUUGGGGUAAAAAACCCUGUCGUUCGAGGAUAAAAACUCACCCCCGGACAAAAUUUCCAGGCCCCGUCCCUCUUAAACCCAAAAAUCCCCGAAAGCAUGGGAGAAGGACGGGAUGGAUAAGUCACCAUUUUAUUUGUGUCAAAUGAAGGAGAAGAUAUUGAAAUUUCAUGAAGCCUUGGAUACUUAACCUAUAAUAAUUACAAAAGUAGAUCAUAUAGGAGUAUUUUUAUCAACUUUCUUUAUAAUCUAAGAAGCAGAGAAAAAGAAUCAGAGAAAAAAUCAUCCUUAAUAUAUUUAAUAAAAAUAGUGUCAAGCAAAAUUAUUUUUUCACUGCAGUUGUCAAGUCUUGCGUGAAACCAAAAAUCUUCUUAUGAUUGAAAAUCAAUUGAAAUCUUUUGAAUUAUUUUGGGCUAUGCAAGAAUUGAUGCAAUAUUUUCUGAUUUGGGCAUUUUUAGCACGUUUUUAUAUCUUACAAUAUCUAUAAUUUGGGUGUAUUUUGUGCUAUUAGCUAUAUUGCACUUAUUAUCAAAAACAAGUAAAAAAAUAUUUUUAUUUAUAUUGCAAUUGGAAAAACUGUGGAGAAAUCUAAUUUUUAGUAUAGGUUAUAUCCCUAUGACCUACUCAAUGGUUACAACAAUAAAAUAUCUGCUAAUUUAUCCUAAUCAAGAAAUGCCAGAAUAUCAAGAUAAAAUGCUGGAUAAAAAUUUAAUGGAUUUUAUCAUACCAUUCAUAAUAACUGUUAUUUUAUUAUUUUUAUUUAUAUAUACCCAUGAAAUUUUUAUAUAUGAAGAUAGGCAUAGCUAUUCUAAAUACAACUGAUUAUCAAGAUCACAUAUGCAUUAAAAUUGUUGGGAAGCAGCCCUUUUUCUCAGACAACACCGGGCAUCUUGAGGAAGGGAAAAGAUAAUAAUGCUAAUCUGGCCUCGCUUUACCCAAAUUGGCAAGGCAGAUCAACCCAAGCUAGCAUCCAGAUCGGUCUCUUUCCUCGUGGGAAGUUAGGAAAUGAAGUGGGAAGAGAAAACCCAGCAAAGCCUGGAUACCACAAUACUAUUCGAUUAAUUCCCUAGCGCAAUAUCAGGCAUCGCGUCUUCAGCUCCAAGUUUUCGUAUACAAGCAAAAAUUUCGGUUUUCGAACUUUCUGAAAGGUAGCCUACAUUGGCGUGGCAUGAUAGCCCAUCUUACUUCAUUCUCAUUUAUACAUGAGCCUCAGUAAGAAAAGUUUAACUCUGUGAGAGGUUGAGCAGGUAGCCCAACAAGCAAGUGAAGAUAAGUGCCAAGUUUAAUCAAAUGUAGCUUUACUUAAGAUAUUAAAGCUAUCAAGAUCACACUCAAACGCGGAAAAGCUAAAACUAAUUGGGAUUAAUUUGAUUUUUAUCACAAGUAUGCUAUGUGACUCCUCAAAUUUAGUUUAUAUUCGUGUAGCUAUAUGCUUUGUAUCUUUCAUAAUUACUGCUGGAUAUGUUUAUUAUGUUCCUUACUCCCCAUCCCUCCGUGAUAGAGCAAAACCAUUGAAAAAAAUCCCUUUUUUUGCUAAAAACCUAUCUCCAUGAGUUAACAAAAAAAUUUUUAUGAUAAAAUUUGGAUAUAUAGUGGUUAUUAUUAUAAUGAAAAAUCUAGCUGAUUCAGUUUUAUUUUAAAUAAAUUGCAUUUUAAAGCAUAAAUUUAUUAGAUUAAAUAAAAAUUUGCUUUCCAAUUUUUACGAAUUGUUUUUAAAUUAGAAAAAAAAUUACUAUAAAAUUUAUAUAUAUAAAAAAUUAACCCCCCUAAGAGCGAACAAAAUUUUUUUUGCUCGCUCAUCGAGGAGGGAGUUACUAUAACUCAUCUAUAAAUUAUUUAGAAGCAUCAAGUACACUAUUUAUUGGAAUAGGAUCUUUUGCCUAUAUAAUUAGCGAAGAGCAAAAUAACCCAAUCACUGGCAUUUUGCUAUUUAUUUUUUUAGGCCCUAUUUUUUUAUGGUUUUUGAGAAUUAUUAUGAAGCACAGAUAUUCACAUAUAAAAAAGCACAGUCUAAUUAAACGAUAUCUAGAUAUAUAUGAAUUCGAAAGAGCCAUGAGAAAUGACCUUUUUGACAAAGCAGCAAAGCAAGAGGUCCUGGAAACAUUCGAUUUAUCAUACUGCAACGAAAAAUUAAAUGUCUCAAGAAUGAUUGCUAUUUGGGAAGCAGACUAUUGCCUAAAUGUACUUCAUAGCCCGAGACUGGCAUCUAUUAAAAUUGGAGCUUGGUAUCCAUGAAAAAAGCCUAAUUUUUCAGAAGAAUUUUUGGAGUAUUUUUUAAGAAAACAAUUAUUUGAGCAGCUUUGUAAGAGCUGCGAAGAUAUUCAAUUCCUUAUGUGUCUAGAAAAACUAAGAGAUUGAAAGAAAACUGAUAAAAAAAUUGGGUGUCGAAUAUAGCAUUCUAUCAAGAUCAUUUAGCCCUCGCUAAAUAGUUCUUUCUGCAUAGCAUUAGAUUUUUUGUUUAAACAGUGAAGUCUAUCCCGAUGUAUAGAUAGAAGCAAAGUACGAGUAAAAAUGAGGGAAAUGGAAGGUAUAGAGGCUUUCCUAUAAUCCCGAUAUUUAGCCGAAGACAGCCAAGCUAUACAAAGCCAAUUAAAGUCAAGGCAGCCCGUUAAAGCGUCUUUCCAAUGAUGAUUUUAGGGCGUCUCUACAAUUUACUUCUUAGCGAGGAAAUGUAAACCCUAAACGAAGGCAACAGUAGUUCGAGGCCAGCCAACUCAGUAGUGAACAUUAGACGUAAUAGACUAAUUAAGAUUAAGAUAAAAAAUUUUGCAUAAAUCUAAUCAAUGUAGUCAAUUUGAUUUAUCAUUUUUCAAAUUAAUUAAAUAUCUAGAAGGAAUUUAAUAGAAUAAAUUUACACAGAAAAAAGGCACUUUAUCGACAGCUCUACAAUAAAAUAUUUUUGAUAUAGUAAAAACAGAAUAUAUGCAACAUUAUGAAAUCCCUUCUAUUUUCAGCUCCAUUAAGAGGCUGAAUGAAAGAUUCUGCACCCUGAGGAAAGAUUAUAAUGAAAUCGUCUUAAGUUUUCCUAGAAAUUCUGAAGCACACUCACUGUUUUAUAAAAAUAUCAAUGAUAUAACAAAUUUAAUGGAAUCAGAGGAAUUAACAGCCCAUAAAAGUAGAUAUGAAGGUAAUAUGCAUGCCAUUGAAAAAAGUGCAGAAAAGCUGAACUAUUUCGAAGAAAGCAGCGGUAUAAUUAUUGCAAGCGGCUGCAAAAACAACCCUGGCACUAUUUUGUUUGCAAAUCAUCAUGCUUCAAAAAUAUUAACUCUCCAUCCUUUAAAUUGAAAUAAAAAUCCUGUUGCAAUUUGAAUGGAGAUUAAUUUUAAAUAUAAAAUUGUUAAAAAUUGAAAAAUAUAAAUUGAAUGAAAUAUUUUUGAAUUUUAAUAGAGAUUUAGUUUAAAAUUUAAUCUUUCAUAGUGUCAACUGUUUACUUACAUUUCCUCUAUUAAUUUGGUUAAAACUAUUUAUAUAAAAAUUAAUAUUUUUACCUAUAAAAAAUCUUUGCUUUAAUUUAAAGGGGUUAAUUAAAUAUUUGUUCAAUUUAAAAAGUUAGAAUAAGAGAAACUGUUAUAGGGAUUUUGGAUUCUAAUAUAGAUGAUUAUAUACCUUAUCCAUUUAGCAUUGAGCAUAAAGCUUCUGUUGACAAAUUUUUAAGGAGUUGUAAGACUGCUGAUAUAGAGCAUUCUAUGGAAGGAAUCCUAAAAAGAAAAAAUGGACUACUGGUUGAAAUCACUUUUACAGUAAAAUGCGCGUCAUUUGAUAAGUAUCCACUUUUACUUCUGCUAUUUAGAGAAAUAAAUAAUAACCGUCCUAUAUGUUUAUUGGAUGAUGAGGGUAAAAUUGUUGGCUUAAAUGAACAUUUUCCAAUAAUGCUAUAUUUAUCAACUGAAUCUUUAUUGAAUAAAUCUAUUUUUGAUUUUAAAUUACAAGUUGGAAGAUCAGGCUUUUUCCGAGAUCUAAAUGCAUAUUAUACUAUAUGAAUUAAUUUAAUUUAAGCAUAGGUUAGAAACUGAAUUAAUAUUGGGAUAAAUAAUUAUUUUAGUAAGAAAAAUAUCAAUUUAAUCUAACUCCUCCUCCCUUUAAAUUGUUCCAAUUUAAAGGGUUAAUUUUUUAUAUUUAAAAUAAAUUUUUUUUCUAGAAAAAAAAUAAAAAAUAUAGAUUGAGCACAAUACAUAGAAUUUAUUUAUUUUUAUGAAGAAUUAAUUAAAAAAAUAAAUCUAUAAACAUUUUCCAUAAUAUUUUUACCUAUAAAAUUUUACUACUGAAAUAAAAAUCUGUUCCAAUUUAAAGAAGUUUAAAGUUCCAAAAAAUGGAAUUUUACUAAUCUUUUGUUCCAAUUUAAAAGGGGGGAGUAAAUAAUAUAAGAGAUAUUUCUAAAUCUGGGAUAGAUAAUUUCCGUACUGGCGACUUUAUCAGAUUAUGCAAUCCUGUUAGUUACAUUCUCUGCCAAUACUCUUCUACCAAGAUUUCUAAAAAAAAUAUGAAUCUACUAGCUAUAACUCAUGACGAAAUUAGCCAAAAUGCUGCUUUAAAUAAUCUGCGAGCCCACUUAAAAGAUGUAGCUAAAAAAGCAGAGUUAGCGACUACAGACGAUUGCCCAACUUUUAAAACUGAAAGAACUGAAAAUUGCACUAAUGUAGCUGUAAUAAAUGGAGCCAGCUUAUCCAAAAAAAAAUUAAAAUUAUUGACUCAGUCUAAUAACAUAAAAUAAAAUGCAUUCGGUUCGAGCGAAAUUAGCUCCACUAAUUUUCUCUCCCUCAUUGAAUUUUAUUUAUGGGGUUAGGCUUUCUUCUGAGAACUUCUGCACAGCAACAGCAGUUUAACUCUGGCAGAUAAGCCGAGGCACUGCUCCAAGUAGGUCAAGAGGCUUGAAGCUUUACCUCUCAGCACACCGAGGAAGGUGACCCUUAGACGGAACACACGCAGGAGCUGAGUCAAGAAAGAGCGAGGCAACGCAACCCGCCGAAGCUGAACGCUGUAUUUGUCUCGUGCCCUGGCGAAACAAAGUGGAUCGAUCCAGAGGUCCAUGGGCCCGACAAGUGGACAAAUAUGGUGGCAGCUCUGCAAACGGCUAUCCCGUAGUGGACGUUAAACGUUUAUAAAUAAUUAAGACAUAAGACUCAGUCUAAUAACAUCCAUAUUCCAGGAGUCGAUAGUCAGCAAAGCAAAGACGAUUCAGUGACUCCAGAUCAAUCUUCUAUAUUGCCUAAACUUAUGAAAGAUGAUUUUUGAUGGGACAAAUAUCUCACAAAAAUCAAAAAGCAAUUUUUAAUAUAUAAAUGAGUACUAUUGUUUUCAAUAAUUACUAUAGUUGUAACCAAUGCCAUUAUUUUGGGAUUUGUAUUAACUGAGCUAGACAAAACUAAAAAUAUCAGCUCUUUAAAAGAAACUGGGCUCAUCAUUGACACAAUGCUGGCAAUCUCUGGGCAUGCAGUAAAAAUGGAUAUAUCUGACUAUACAAAUGCUACAGCUUUAACAGUAAGCCAAGGAAUAAUGAGGAUAACGUCUUUUAUUGAACAAUUAAAAUCAAUGACAAAGGAAAUGCUAAAUGAUCUCCCAUCUUGAAACUAUUGCCCUUCAUUUUCUUUUUAUAUUGAUAAUGAAAUUCCUAUGUGAGAAACUGACGGAGAUUAUAAAAUUGUCCUAAAAAAUUUGGUCGAUAUUUGCCAAGGCUAUGAGCAUGCUGCUGGAGAUUUUCUUGAAAAAUUUGUAAAAAAUGAAUCAUAUAUAAAAGAUUAUAAUUAUUUGGUAUUAAAUAGUAUUGGCAUAAUAGCUGAACGGUCAAGUAGUUUAAUGGACAUUUUAUCAUCAUGUGAAACUUAUAGAACCAAUAAAUUGACUAUGACUAUUUCUUCACUUAUAGCAAUUGCAAUUACUGUUCUUUUCAUCUGUGCAUGCAUUAUUACAUAUAUUAUUAUUGACAUUUGCCAUACUUUGCAAAGUUUUUAUAGUGUGAUUUAUAAAAAAAUAAAGCAUUCUUAUAAAGAUAUUCAAAAUAAGCUAAUCAACAGACUUUCAGAUAUACACGGAUUUGAUUAUUCAAAUAUAAAUAAUGUUCAAAAUACUCUUCCAGUUAAAAAAUGAUCCCAAAGUGAUUAUAUAAGAAUGCUGCUGAAAAUUUCUAUUUAUAUCAUUUUGAAUUAAUUUUAUAAAACAGAAAAAUAGAUUUUAUUUUAUAAAUGAUUAUUAUAAAAAGAUUACUUCGUGCUGACUUUUGCAUUUUAUAUGAUUUUUUAUUUUUAUGCUUAUAAAAAAGGUGAAGAUUACUUGCUUUCUCGACCAGAUUUUAUUGCACUAUUUAUCAAGCGGCAAUAUUUUGGGAGAGUUCUUGCAUUCUGAGCAAGAGUCUAUGUAUUUCAAAAUACCCCAAUCGGUCUUUAUCAUCGGUUAAACAUGACAUAUUUCUUUGCUAAUACUUCUCAAGAAUAUUUUGAUCUUUUAGAUUAUUAUCAAAAAUCAUUAAAACUCCCUUUAUGAGAAAAAAAAAUCCAAAAAUUCAUAUCUCCAGAACUUAGAGAGAUGAUUUUUGAGAGUUCAAAUGCGACCUCUUUAUAUGCAAAAUAUGGAAUUUCUUCAUGCCAAGAUGAACAAUUUUUUCAGAGCACAUAUAUUUUUGAAGACAAAUGAAAUCUAAUCCUCCCUUUUUUAAAUUAGAACAAAAAUUUUGUUUUCAAUUUUAAUGGAAUAUUUAUCCAAAAAAUGGAAAUUUAGCCAAUGUUUUUGUCUCAAUUUAAAGGGGGAAGUUAGCAAAAUUUUCGUCAGUAUUAAAAACAAUUGAUAUAAUAAGAGAUACCUUGAACACAAUUAAUUAUAAUAUUAUAGAUAUAGCAACAAGACAUUCCACAGACCUUAUACUUCAAAAUUUUGAAUUAUUAACACAACUUACUAUUAUAUAUGCUGUUUUUGCAGCUGUUAUAUACAUUGGAUUUUAUCUCCCAAGUAUAUCACAUGAAUUCGUAAGGCUAGAAACUUUAAAAAGAUUUUGCAAGCUAAUUUAA